GGGACAUGUUCCCAGUCUUCCUCUGGUGCGCAAAGCCACUGACUUCGUUCCUGUAAACGAACAGGAUCUCCAGUUUGCUCAAUAAGAAUCCACAACUUGGAGCUUUAUGCUAAACAGGGACAAUCUGAAUCAGUUGGGAUUUAUUGUGGGUGAGACUAUUUGUGGCCUUUAGAGAAAUUUCUCCAUUGUCACAGUGAGCAACUGCAGAAAGUGCUCUGCACACACGUCUACAAAGAAACUGCAGGUUGCUAACAUACAGUUCCAGUUUCUGGAUUUUGCCAGUUGGUACUUGGGCACAACCUUGGGUACGAUACUGUACCUGGAGCAACGCGUGGCUGUCCUUGGGGACUUCUUGCUCUUCCGGGAUACCUGUCUCAGAUCUCCAGGUGUUCUUGUUGGUGUGUUUCUUUCCUCAGAGUGUCUUCCUCAGGGAAGGGGCUUGGUUGCUACAUAAGAUGUUUGUGCUUCGUGAACCCCAGCAACUUCAGAUUUUGUAUGAGUCCUUGGAAGAGAGCAUCCCUGAGUCCUUGAAGGUGUAUGGCACCCUUUUCCACAUUAGAAAUAAAAACCCGUUCAACCUGGAGGUGCUGGUGGACGCCUGGCCAGAGUAUCAGACAGUCGUCAUACGGCCUCAGAAGGAGGAGAUGAAGGAUGACCUGGAUCAUUACACCAACACUUACCACAUCUUCACCAAAGCUCCUGACAAGUUAGAGGAAGUCCUAGCGUGCCCGCAGGUCAUCAACUGGGAACAAGCCUUCCAGAUCCAAGGUUGUCAAGAGAGCUUGGGUGAGGCAUUACAAAAAGUUGCAGCUUCAAAAUCAGCUCAGGUGGAUUAUCUGAGAACCAUGCUUUUUGUGUUUGAAAAACCAACACUCGAGGCAUCGAGUGGUGACAAGAUGGAUUUGAUGAAGUUAUUAAAAACUCCUAAAGUGCUUGAAGAUAAAAGGAAAGAAACCUUUCAGAGCAUCUUCUUGGAUGUCUCGCACGCAAAGCUUGUGAAUGAGCACUGGGAGUUGGGAAAAAAUGAGAAGAGCUUGAAAUAUAUUGAGCGCUGUCUCCAGAAUUUUGCGGGAUUUGGUAUUCUGAGUGCAGAAGGGAACCCCAUCUCUUGGUUUCUGACAGAACAGUCCUGUGAGAUAAGAAUGGGUUACACUUUCCCCAAAUACCGAGGCCAAGGCCACAUGUGGCAAAUGGGUUGCCACAGCAUAGCAUAUUUUUUUUCCAAAAAAAUGCCAUUUUAUAUCCACGUGGCAGAAGAUAAAGAAAAAACUCAACAGGUGUUGCUCAGCUUUGGGUUCAGGAAUGCUCUUUGUGGCUGGCACCAGUGGAAAUGCACCCCGGAGAAAUACUGAUGGUGCUACUGUCCAUUUCAAGUGUUCCUUAUCAGGGGGAAAAAACAUCAAUGCAAAGAAAUGUAGUCUACACGAGCAGCAAAAACCAUCCACUUACCUGGGGCUCAGGCACUGCUCAGGCCGCACUUCUGUAAUAGUUUUAUCUUCUUUCUCUUGUAUUCCGAAACAUUAGAAGCUUGGCUCCUUGCUGUCAUGCUCUUCCUUUACGGUGAGAAAUGUCUCAGGGUUGAAAUUACCCAGUGUCAAUCAUUAGUGCUAACAUUUCCCAUUUUCUUCUUUGAAGAAGGCUUCUUUCAGGGAAGAAUUUUGCUUUUUCAUGCUUCUAAUUUGAGAAUAAAAUGUCUCCUUUGAAAGUC